AUGGUCCUUGGCAAAAAGGCGUAUAAACAAAAGCAACUGAUCAAGAGCAUCCUUCGCAACGUGAACGUGGACCUGAGCGACAGCGAGAUCCUGGCGAGGCAGCCCCCAGACCGCGAGGACAGCGUCGACCAGCGGGUGUGCCCCACCAAGCGCAAGACCAUCUACCCGAAGAGCGCGCAGAACGCGGAGAAGGAGUGGCUGUACGUCGUCAACGACGUCGAGUACGCUCAGGCUGUCACCACUGAAGUCUGCGGGCAAGAGGACACUCCGUGCGAAUUUCUGUCGAGCAGCCUGCCCCCGGGCUACACAUCGGCGUGCCGACAGAAGUUCGCGUACCGGAAACUGCUGGCCCUGCAUCCGACAGACAAGAAGGCCUACGCCGAUAACUUCCCGUUCCCGUCGUGCUGCGUGUGCUACGUAAAGUCGCCUCCACUGGCGGCCCGGAGCCUCCCGAGGCGUACAUGAAGAACUGCUGCUGCGCGAACGAAACUCUACCGCCGGCAGAUCAUCUAGUCCCGACCUUCCAGAGCCGCUGCCCGUUUCCAGUUCUUGUUCAGUAUCACGCAGCUCUGCAUGAAAGGCGGUGCCGCAGAUCAUGGUGCUUCUGAAUGUGCGUGUUGUGACGCUGGACCGGCUGCAUGGCACUGGACAACGCUCCACGCAGCUCUGCGCAGAUGGCAGAUUGUGCUUGUGCUUGUGGAUGUGCGUGUUAUGAUCUUGAGCCAUGGGAAUGUUGAUUUCACUGUUUUUUUACAAAUAUUUCCGUGAAGACAAUUAUAAAAACUCCACCCGAGUGUCUUGUCUACAUUACGUGACACAGCUUGUCCGAUCAUAGCAUUUGUGCUCCUGAGAUUUUUACACGUCCUUGCUGUCAAGCACCAAGCUUUUCCGCCGAUGUUUAUGGCGCACACGCACGCACUCUACCAAACUAAUAUUUGUUUCAAACUGCUCACGUGCAAGUGUAGAUAUUUGUGUAGACGUCAGCCUAGACGUUCACCUAGACAUCCACCUAGAUGUCAGCUCAUGCCGGUGUCCAUGUAGAUUCUUUUUUAAAUCUAGGUGGUGUGGUUUUAUGUUGAUCUCUAUAAAGGAACUAUACAACAGAGUGAUGAACCCACAAACAGAAAUUUGUAAAAAUGUCCGGCGUACGUACAGAUAAGUCUUGACUUUGAUUGCCGCUACCUUUCAUGUAUUUUGGCCAUAAAUAUACGAAUGAACAGCCCAAAAGCAAAAGCAUCUUUGUUACUACGUUCCCGCUCAUUGUAAAAAACCAUGAUUACAUGCUUAUUACAUUAAAAUAAACGUACAAUUUAAA